AGGGCCGCCGCAGUACCAACUAGUGGCCUAUGUGCUGAGCGCUGAGCCGCAAUUGAGCCGCAACUUUGAAGUCAGCCCAAACUUAGUUAGGCGACGCUCCCUUCACUUUUGCUCAAGCACAAAUAUGGCGUUCCAGGUCGAUCCCAUUGCAAAUGCUUGGUGCAUGAACUCUCGCUUACAGUCAUUCGUGGUUCUGACCGCGUGAUCACACCCAUGCGCGUUUGUCACAUCCAUUCACUUCUGCGGCUGUUGCAUGUGGUCCAGCUUCCCGAUACGCACGUUCCUGUCGGUGCUUCGGCCUUUGUGAGCAGGCAAGGGUCACAGGUAUAAAAGUCGGCAACAUGAUCCUCCAGUAUGAAGUAUCUCUGUCGAACGCAUUCUCUGUGAUAUGUCGCUCCUUAUCGGUCUCGCAGCCCUGGUUUCCGUAGUUCACGCCAAACUCAAUUAUUCGUUGACUCAGAUUUUACCCACGUACCCGAACAUCGAGGCAUGUGUCGGCCUCCCAGUGCAAUAUUCUUGCGAGAAUACAACGGCCCUAACGGAUUCAUGUUGCAAUGUCGUACAAGGCGGACUCGUGCUACAGACACAGUUCUGGGACACUUAUACUGGUCUCGAGUCCCAGGGACAGCUGCUUCCAGAAGGCAGUUGGACCAUUCACGGCCUAUGGCCGGAUAACUGCGACGGCUCGUACAACGAGUACUGUGACCUUAGCAGGCAAUACGACCCUACGCCGUCGCCGUCAACCUUACCUGAUGGGACGGUUAUUCCUCCUUACGAUGGGCCGAGCGUCAGAACGUUCAUCCAGGAUUUCGGUCGUUACGACUUGCUGAAGUACAUGGAUACGUAUUGGAUCAACCAGGGCGCGCCUAAUGAGAACUUUUGGGCUCACGAGUUCUCAACGCACGCUACUUGUACAUCCACGUUCGACGUUGCCUGUUACGAGCCCGGAUACCAGGAACACCAAGAAGUUGUGAACUUCUACGAGACAGUCACAAAAGUCUUCCAGAUGUAUCCUACUUACAAUAUGCUCGCUGCUGCAGGAAUUUUCCCCUCCAAUACAACGACAUAUACCCUCUCCCAGAUCACGAAUGUCCUUUACUCCCAAACUGGCGCUGUUCCAUAUCUUGGCUGUUACCGCAAUGGCACUAUUUUGGACGAGGUCUGGUACUUCCACCACGUUCUUGGCACGGAGCAAUAUGGUCAUUUCAAAACCCUCAACUCCACCACUCCGUCGAGCUGCGCAGAAACCGGAAUCUGGUAUUAUGAGCGGACUACGACAUCUGAGCGGGUUGUUUCCUACUAAGUCAAAUGCAAGACGCACAUUGCCACUUUGUUCUACAAGGACACGUAUGCCUUCACAUAGAGCUGCCGUUUUCUGUUCUACAAUCUUCGUGAGCCAAGAACGGAAAGUG